CAGAGGCAGGAACAGCACCGGCAGCACCGCGGCGGGACAGCAUCAGAUGGGCAUGGGGACGGCGCUGGCGGCGCGGCUCGGCCUGGGGCUCCUGCUCCUCGCCCUCCUCCUUCCCACGCAGGUGAGCCCCGGAGCGGCUCGGCGCUUUCCCCUGCCGGCCCCAGGGCGAGACCCUCCCGUCCGCGGCGGCCGCCUCGGGAGCGGCGGAGGGGCGGGUUUCUCCCGAGAGGAGCUCCCGCUCGUGUGCGCCGUCCCGGAGCCCGCCGCGGCGCCCCGUGGGUGGCCGUGGGAGGCGGGCGGCUCCUCCGCCCCGGGGCCGGAGGAACGAGAACGAGCCCGGGCAGCCCCGGCUGCGGAUGGGCGGAGUGGCGAGCCCGGAGCUCUGGGGUGGUGGUAGCGCUGCCGUGGAUUAUCCCAGUCAAAUCAAAAAAGACGAAGUUGGAGUUCGCUGCCUUUUUUAUUUUUUUUUUAUUUUUUUUUCCCCUCCCCUUUGGGGUCCUCGAGGCAAAGCCGCCGAACAGCGUGAGCGGCAGCUGAGCGUUCAUUUAUUUCCCCGCUGAUUAGAGGGACAAUGAUCCCUCCAAACCCGAGACAGCCCCGGGAGGACACGAGUUUUGUAGAGGGACCUGGGUCCAUCCUCCCCUCACCGAAGAUGCGGGGCUUUGGGUCCCGUCCUGGGCUCGGUUCUCGGCACGAGUGGGAGG